GUGCUCCUUGCUUUGGAGCAGGAUAACUUUUGCGACUUUUCGGUCCAAUAUGAGAUUGCUCACAACUUUAUCCAUGCUCUGGUUGGCGGCAGUGAGGUCUACUCCAUGGCGUCGCUCUUGUACACAGCCUUCGAUCCGAUCUUCUACCUCCACCACUCUAACACUGACAGGAUCUGGGCUAUUUGGCAGGCUCUGCAAUCAUACCGAGGCAAACCCUACAACUCUGCCAACUGUGCUAUUGGAAGACUGCGCAAACCCCUGCCACCUUUCAGCUUGACCUCCGAUGUUAACCCUGACUCUGUGACCCGUGAACAUUCAUUACCCUUCAAA